UUACAUUCCUAUCUAGCCAAAUUUGCACUGAGAUGUGACCAGUAGCUUCUCUGUCUUAUGAAUUCAUUUUGACUGUUUGACCGGCUUUGCUGCACAUUUUGCUAGCACCAUGAUGAAACUCUAUGGAUUUUGUGCUGUUAUUGUUCUGCUGUCUUUGGCUAAGGGGUGGAGUGCUGAUUGGAAACCUGAGAGAACACACCCAAGCUUCAUCCCCCGAGACAGGGAAGAUGGCCAUAUUUCCAGCCACCAGACUAUCAUUAUAAUGGAGGAAGACCCUGCUGUGAUUGAAUCAGCUACUUAUCUGUUUGAGAGGAAUCCAUAUUCCUCCACUUUGAUGAAGUACCACAAGGGGGCACUGCAUAUGCUAAGAGGUGGUCAUUUGAUUAAAAUCAGAAGUUAUGAUAUCGUACUUGUUGGCCAUGGUAGAGAGGCUUCCACAGGAGAACUCUACUUAUCUGGUUAUGGUGCAGAGGAAGUUGCCAGAUUGGUAUCCAGCCUGAAGACAAACACCCUCAUUGAUCCCAUUGACACCAUCAGCCUAAUCAGCUGUAACCUUGGAAAUAACCAUAACUUUACCCUGAAGCUGCUCCAAGGUCUCCGAUCUCUGAAUGUGACAGCAAAGCUACACCUACACAAGACACUCAUAUCAGUCUCCUCUGAUGGGAGGAUAAUGAGCGGACGAGGGGGUGUCUGGAGGUCCCAUGACUACAGCAGUAGAGUCAUUGCUGAACUCAGCCCAACAAGAGACCUGUUGACAAGGCAAACAUUUGGCUGUGCAGGUUCAGUAUUUCCAAAUUAUAAAGGAAAUAUUCUGUUCUAUUUUAAAAGUCUAGAGUGGCCAAGAUAUCCUCAAAUGUUCGUCCCAAUGGAGCUGCGCAAAAAGUACCCUUUUAUUAACUGCUUGGAAGGGCUCACUUGGAGUUUGUUCUUUGAGGAAAAUGAAAAAAGACGCGCUCCAGAUUAUAUCCCCAACGACCACCUGAAAGCUGUUUGGCUUGAAGUGACAGAAGAGAACAGCAUUGUCCUUAAACAUAUCUCCAACAUACAGGACCUUCUUGUGGAGAUCCGCUACAGUGCUAGAGAGGAAAUGGCUUCAGAACAGUAUUAUGUUCUAAAUGACUGCAUUUAUAAAAUACAUGGGAAAAACUUGAGCUCAAGUCUGGUAGGAAAGUUCAUGAGGACUGACAAUGAAGCUGAAAUUGAACUAUUUCGUCAGACUUUUGGUGACCAGCAGGGGGAAUCUUCCCUGCUGGAGCUGCAGCAAGGCCUUAAAGCAUCCAAAUUUACUGACUUCUGCCGCCAGACUUUUCAGUUCCAGCAGUGUACCUACAACUGUGAAAGGUGGGGACGUUACUUCAUGGCAGCAGUUUUCUCAGCAUCAGUACGCAAUUUCCGAACCUUCUCACUUUUUCUGAUGAGUGUUAUCGGCUGUGAAGUGGGUCACACUCGAGGGACUGACAGUGCCCUGUGCACAGCGUUUGUCGGCAAUGACCACCCCAUGAUUACUGAUCAGCCCUGGCCUGACCAUCUGAAGCGAGGAUUCUACGGUUGCACUAUUGACAACUAUGAAAUGGCACCACAGAACAGACGGAUCUGGCUGGAUCAAGUUGUUGCAAAGGAAAAUUCACUGUACAUUAAAUCAAAGCAAAUGAUGGAUGCUAUGAAUCACAAUGACCAUACUGAGUUGGAGAUCUUUGGCAAGAUUAAAGUCAUGAACAAGUAUGUGUUUUCAUCUUAUCUGGAAUACUUUCGUGGUACACCUGAAGGCAAGAAACUCAAGAGAGGAUGCACUCCCUCGUUCUAUGAGAAUUAAAAUACACAGUUUUAUUAUGUUAGAUUCAAUGUGAAUGAUAACCCACCUAGUGCUAAGAUGUCUCCCACGCUCUGCAUUAAACAAACACUUUUGUCAUUAAACUUCUGUUAUAUCUUCCUAAUUUGUAGGUGAUUAGUUGUUAGCAUAAAUAUGACAUGUUUGUCACAGGCUUUGGAAUUCUUUUACUGCGGUCUUUAAAGAAUAAACACUGGGAAUUAAGUUUUGUUUUGAUCAUUUAUUGGGUGUAGGUACUUUUGUAUUAUUAAAAUGAAUUCUCCUGGUUUCAUAAAGACAUGAGUGCAUUAAAAACAUAAAAACCAACAGGAACCACAUAAAAGGAAAAGCAUGACGGGAUGUUCACGAGGAACCAGCAAGGAGUGAAAGUAGGAGAGGUGUGUAAAUACUAGAUGGAACAAUAGACCUGAGAUGAUUACCUAACUGGUCGCAGGUGUGAUGAGAGAGAGCAGAAGGCAAACUGAGGAGAGAGAGAGAGAGAAAGAAAGGAGUGAGGGACAGCACACAAAUGGGAACUAAAAAAUGAAUCUAACUGUAAUAAUGAGCAACUAAGCAGAAGGAAUAACAUAAACUAGAAAAGGACAGAAGUAAAACAGAAAGUCUGAUCUAAUCAUUAGUGAUGGGUAAAUGAGGCGUCAUGAAGUGUUUCCACCCAUAGCAAAACUGUAUUGAUACUGUGUAGAUACUGUGUCACUGAAUACUGACACCUGCUGGACAUUAAAAAUCCCUACAGGCAACAUAGUUGAGAGACUAAUUUGAUGACCUAGUCUACACAAUAGUAUUUAAGUCAUUGUAUUUUAUUUUAUUGUACGUUAUGUAUUGUAUUAUGUUAUA